UUUUUUUUUUUUAAAUUGUUUUCCUUACAGAUUUUGGGUCGAAUGUCCUAGUUAAAAUGGCUUUUCCUAGCGACUUCAUGUUUUACAUUUAUUUGUAACUGACAACUGCACAUUCUUUAACUUUGUGUUACUAGCUCCCUUAAACCUAUUUCCAAGGUGAAUCCACCUUCAGGUCUCCCGGGGGCGCCAGGUGCUUUCCCCUGGACUCUAGCGCGACUGGGAGUAGGAGUAAGGGAAGUCGUGGGCAGUUGUUUACCAGCCUGUCUAGGAGCCUCUAGGACGCCGCAGGAGAAGCAGUCUGGCCCCAGGGAUCCCCGGGGUCUUACUGCCGCUCCCAGUAGGUGGCUGGGCGUCGCGGCGGCGCGCACACGUUACCUUCUUUCAGCGCUGCGGGUGCCCUUUGGUCACACAAGGGGAUUUUGUCACCUGUAGAGACACGCGCUUAGCCAUAUGUGAGUUAAUGCCGCACUGGGAGGAUGUCGUGGGCGGCGCUGUCAUACGGUGGACAGCGUGGAGGAGGCGCGAAGGGCCUCUGCAGUCAGAGGUUCCCGGACGCUGGCCGCAGAAGGCAGGUUUUCAUGCAAGUGAGGCUGUCCCCCAGUUCCUCAUCCCGUCGGAAGUAUUUCCACUUCCAGUUUUCCGCAGCAGCAGGUCUGAACCUGUGGGGCUGAGGAAAAGCCGGCGGCGGCCAGGGUGUGAGUACACCGAGAACUUUGCCUGUCUCCUUUCUCCCGCUCCCCACCCCUGGGUUGGUGUCGUCUGGGCUCUGGGGACGUCGGGGCGCUAUAUUCUUAGCCCCGCAGAAAAGGACUGAGUCUCUUCGUUUUCGACCCUUGGCUUCUUCCUGGAAUCUUUUGGGGACUCUCAACUCUGAGGCUUGUGGCUCAGCCGUGGAAUGGACUCCCUUUGGAGAUGGGGGCGCCCUUUAAGUCUGGUUAUUUCUUCCUUGUUAGAGUCCCAAGGGCUAAUUAAACUCGAGUUUGUGGACUCAAAUGCCUUCUUGCCUUCCAUUCAGUAUAAUCCUUCCAACAUUUAUUGAGCUCUGAGUUCUGGUUCCUGAGGACACAGGAAUGAUCGAAACUUCAUUCCUGGAGACCCAGCAAACUUGGAGUCAAGGCAGUCUAGACAAGGUCCACGGAGAAGGAAGCCCAGUGUUUUGUUUGUUUGUUUGUUUUAAGGCAGGGUUCUUACUCUCUUGCCUAGGCUGGUCUCAAAUUCCUGGGCUUAAGCUAUCCUCCCACCGCAGUCUCCUGAGUAGCUGGUAUGAUAAGAUGAUGCCUCCUCUCCCAGCUUUGUGUUUACAGUCAUUCCUUUGAUGAUCUCCACUUCUAACCAUUUGCCUUUUUUUCUUUUUUUGUUAAACAGACCCAGGCUGGGUUUGAAUCCACCACCCCUGGUACACAGGGCUGGCGCUCUAACCACUGAAAUACAGGUGCCCCAUUUUGUCUUUAUUAGCCCAUUUAUGUUUUUGAGUAAAAUAAACAAAUAGCUUCUUUGCUAUAUACUGAGUUGUCAUCUUUGGUAACUCAGUACUUAUUAUAAUGGAACUAAGAUCCACCAAUAUGAUACCACUUUUCUUUGCAUAUUCAAGAUGAUUUGUGUCUUCUGCAGUGAACUAACUCUUCAAUUAGUCCAUAUCACAUAUACCUCAGUUUUUCAAAGUCAUUGAAAAGUCCUCUUGUAGCUACUUGCUCCAAGGUUUAAAAUGUUUGUCCCAGAGUAAUGACUUCGUUGGAUCAUCUGACUUUACAAAUGGGAACCAAAAGCUUCCUUGUCUACUCUAGCACCCAGCCAACUUGUGAGAGUCUUACAUUUUUUUUCCUUGACUUUCCUUUGGAUCUUCCUUUUGCCUUAUAUAACUGGCUUUUUAUUUUUGUUUUUACUUGCAGCUUUGUUUUACAGAGUAGGCAUGGACAACAAACAAUAAGCAAUUUCUUGCUUAUUAACUAUCUGAGCACUCAUCCGUCGGAAAGGAUUGUGAGAGAAAUGAAGAAAGCCCUCAGAAAUGAAAUUGAUAUCUGUUGACUGGCUUGGAGCUUUGUUACUGCAGUUCCUUGAAAUGACACUGUACGGGAUGUCUGCCGAGGUUAUCCAUCAGGUUGAAGAGGCACUCGACAAAGACGAGAAGGAGAUGCUUCUUUUUUUGUGCCGGGAUGUUGCUGCAGAUGGGAUUCCGCCGAAUGUCAGGGACCUUCUGGAUAUUUUAAGAGAGAGAGGUCAGCUGUCUGACGCAGGCUUGGCCGAGCUGCUCUACAGAGUGCGGCGCUUUGACCUGCUCAAGCGGAUCUUGAAGUUGGACAGAGCGGCAGUGGAGGCCCUCUUGCGCAGGCACCCUCACCUUGUUUCAGACUAUAGGGUGCUCAUUGCAGAGAUUGGUGAGGAUUUGGAUAAAUCAGAUGUGUCCUCAUUAAUAUUCCUCAUGAAGGAUUACACAGGCCGAGGCAAGAUAUCCAAGGAGAAGAGUUUCUUGGAUCUUGUGGUUGAAUUGGAGAAACUAAAUCUGGUUGCUCCAGAUCAGUUGGACUUAUUAGAAAAAUGCCUAAAGAACAUUCACAGAAUAGACCUGAAGACAAAAAUCCAGAAGUACAAGCAAUCUGCUCAAAAACCAGAGACAAGUUAUAAAAAUGCUUUUCAAGCAUCUCUCACAAAUGUGAAUCCCAAGGAAACUUCCUAUAACUUCAGGCUCCAGAAUGGGAGAAGUAAAGAACAGAAAUCCGUGGAACAACUUGGCAUUCAAAGGGAACCAGUGAAGACAUCCAUUCAGGAAUCGAGAGCUUUUUUGCCUCAGCACAUACCUGAAGAGAGAUACAGGAUGCAGAGCAAGCCCCUAGGAGUCUGCCUGAUAAUUGAUUGCAUUGGCAAUAAUGCAGAAGUUCUUCAUGACACCUUCGCUUCCCUGGGCUAUCAUGUGCAGUCUUUAUUGCGUCUCACAGUGAAGGAAAUAGACCAGGUUCUUAACCAAGUUGCCCGAAUGCCCCAGCACCGAGACUAUGACAGCUUCGUGUGUGUCCUGGUGAGCCAAGGAGGCUCCCAAAGUGUGUUUGGUUUUGGUCAGACUGACUUAGGCUUCCCCUUGCAUCGGAUCAGGAGGCUGUUCAUGGGAGAUCUGUGCCCUUCUCUAAUAGGGAAGCCAAAGCUCUUUUUUAUUCAGAACUACUUGGUGUCUGAGGGCCAGCUGGAGGACAGCAGCGUCCUGGAGGUGGACGGGCCAGCAGUAAGCAACGUGGAACCUAAGGCACAGAAGCUAGGGCCCAGCAUGGCUCACCCAGAGGCUGACUUCUUUUGGAGUCUGUGUACAACACGUGUGUCCCUCCUGAAACGAUCUUCCAGCUCCCCAUCUAUGUACCUGCAGUAUCUCUCCCAGAAACUGAAAGAAGAAAGAAAACGCCCACUCCUGGAUCUCCACAUUGAACUCAACGACAAUGUGUAUAAUUGGAAUAGCAGAGUUUCUGCUAAGGAGAAAUACCACAUCUCCCUACAACAUACUCUGCGAAAGCAGCUCAUCUUCCCUUACAAAUGAAAAAUCAAAAGCCUUGCAGAGCCUGGGUGAGCUGGGCUCUGUGUGGGGAUGGCACGGCCCUGCGUGACUAGAAGGAAGAUGGAGCC